CCGAACGCCUAUGCCGCCGACGAACUCGCCGACAGGCACCGAACACGGUCGACGUCAUUCACGCCGCGCCCCCGUUGCCGCGUGUGUGUGUUCGUUCGGGGUGUGUACGCUCGUGUGUACGAUCGUUCGUUCGGGGUGUGAGCGCCCGUCGUUUUCUCGACACUCGAUCGCCACCGACCGUACGACGAUAACGAUAACGGCCUGUACUCCGACGGCCAACAAAACGAGUGUAUAUGGUAAUUAUAAUUUUUAUUAUUAUUAUUAUUAUUAUUGCCGGUUUAUUACAUACCUAAUUAUUUUAUACUUACUGGUUUCUUUUCAAAACUUCUUUAAUUUCGACCUCGUGCUUUACAUUAUAUCAUCUCACACGCAUUCCACCGUGAUUUGCCAUUAACUCGUCUAAUACAGUCUACAUCACACCACAUCCGUCUCUAACACACGUUGACGGCKUAACGAAGUUACCAGAGUGAAUCGGCUUGCAGUGCCCGAGUACCACACGCAACCGUGACCACGAACGACCAUAACCAUCACGACGAGGUACGAACCCGUGAACGCGCGGUGGUGGCACCGCCAUCGGCGGUAGUAACCGCCACGUUGUACAAAAUAGCCGUUGCCGCCGCCACCACCGCACACGGCAAACAUGUUCAACUUUGCCAGUAAAAUGAUCAACAGCCUGAUGGCGGCGGGUGAUGACAUGGUCACCGGCACCGAUUCGCAGCAGCCGCAGAGCGCUGUCCACCGUCAGCAACAGCACCAGCAGCAGUUCCAACAGCAGCAAGACUAUGGUGGUGGACGACCUGGAGGUCUGUCCACCACGGCCAGGCAGUACGGCAUGAAUCAGCAGCAGCCACCUCAGCAGCAGCAACAGCGUGGCAUAGCCGGUGGUGGGUACUCACAGCAACCACUGCAGCAAUCACAACAACCGAAACUCCCGAGACAGCCGUCGCAGCAAUCACAGACUAGACUGCAGCAACAGCAGCAGUCGCAAUCACAGCCGUCUUUUUACCGUCAACAGCCACCGGCGCCUUUGUACAACACUGGCAACACCAGUAGUGGAAGGCCGUUGUCUCAGUCAUCACCACAUCAACAGCAGCAGCAGCAGCAGCAACAACAACAACAACAACAACAACAGCAGCAGCAGCAGCAGCGGCAAAGGCAACAACAACAACAACAACAUCAGCAACGUCCCGGUGUCGCCGGCAUGGGCAUGCCGGCAUUAUCAUCAAGCAUACUAGAAACCUCGACUGCCGAUCCGGACCCGUUGAGCUUGGACCUGAGCCACCUGAGCGUCGAGGAGCGCGCAUUGAUCCAGAACGUCAUGGCCAAGGCAAAGAACAUGGACGCCACGGAAAUCACACCGGUAGCGCCACCGCAUUUGACAAUGACCAGAACGAUGGCGAUGACGUCAUCUUCUCGAGGCGAAAACGCCACAAACGGGGGUUACACGUCAUCCGGUGGUCAAGACACCUCSUACUACAACGGCAACAACAGCAAAAGUAGUGUGCAACAACAACAAAACGCGUCGUAUCAAGACCGUAACGUCUACCAGCAACAGCACAGGGAGGGCGCCGGUGGUGCAGGRUCGUCGCCGUACUCGCAGCAGCAGCAACACGUCACUACUUCGGCGUACCAACAACCCGCCACUAAUUCGGCAUACCAACAAUCUACCACUACUUCGGCGUAUCAGCAACCCACCGGCGGGUCAUAUCAGCAACACAGUGGUUACAAUUCAGCUGCGGCGGCAGCGGCCAGGCGGCACAUCCAGCAACGCGGUUUCGACGAUUACAACCAACAACAGAUGUCACCCGACGAACAGUUGUCACCCGUAUCGCCGGAAAACGAGGUAUCCAUGCCGUAUGGAGUCGGUGAUGGCGGAAACUCUCAGCAAUACCACCAGCAGCAACAGCUACAGUUGCAGCAACAGCAACAGCUACUGCAGCAGCAACAGCAGCAGCUUCAGGGAGAGCGUUCAGGGUCCGAUUCUAGUGAUGACGUGAGCCUGGCCGAGUGUCUGGCCGGAGGYGGAGUCGAGCUGAUGAACUUGCGGCCGAUGCCCAUGCUGGACGAGAACGGCCAAGUGCUGUUGGACGACGUCGAUACCACCCGGAUGCAGCAGCUGCAGCAGCAGCAGCAGCAACAGCAACAGCAGCAUCAGCAACAGCAGCAGCAGCAGCAACAGCAGCAACAGAGGCGCGAGGAGCAGUAUUGCAGCGAACAGCAAGCGUAUUAUGGAGGCAAUGCGAACUCCGCAAACGUUUCGGACGUGUAUACCAUACCCGAGGACGAGGACGAGCUGAGCAGUCCGACGGGCGCUGACGGUGUAACGAGCCUCCGAAAGCGGCAGUUGGCCAACACGUUGACCG